UACUCUACUUUUGAGACCUUAGAAUCAUCGAUAUAAGAUCAUACAGCAUAACUAGACGGCGACGUUUAUUGUAGUGCUACAAUUCAGAAACGCCAUCGCAUGCUAAAAUUUCUUUUUCACUGCGAUUCAUUCGCAGGAUCAAUGAAGGUACCGAUCAUAAUUCGUACAUCCGUAGACACCGGCCUUGUUAUUUAUAGAUAGGAUUUUAUCCACAAUUCCCAGUGGAAAGGAAAAUAAAUUCUAUUUCUGGGAAAGCAAAAGAUUUUCACAUUUUUUACUCUUAUUUUUCAUUUUUUAUUUUUGGAUCUGCGUGGGGGGGUGCUUCUUUUGGGUUUGCUCGCAGGAGCUUGCCUUCGCUUAAACCCGCCCGAAAACCCCGACAACUGGUACCCAACGAUGACGGUCACCAACGAUGGCCUAUGAAUUUUCUCGUGAAAGAUCGGUGAGAACUGGGCGGAGUGGAAAGUGAAAAGCACACUACCGCAGCUUCUACCAGCUCUAGCUUGAGAUAGUUCCACCAAGUAUCGACAAUCUAGAUGUGACUUAAUCCAUGAAACUCCGCUAAAGCUACUGAAUAAAUUGCAGUCUUCUUGAAACGGGUCAUUCACGAUCUUCUGCCAUUCUAUAAUGAUAUAUAUAUUGCAAUAAACUUAUGGCAUCCAAAGGUCCCAGGUGUAAGCUUGAUCAUGAGACAAGAGCUAAGCGUCAAAAGGCACUUGAAGCUCCCAAAGAACCUCUACGCCGAAAAACUCAUUGGGAUCAUGUUUUAGAAGAGAUGGUUUGGUUGUCAAAGGACUUCGAGUCAGAGAGAAAAUGGAAAUUGGCUCAAGCAAAGAAGGUUGCUUUAAGAGCGAGCAGGGGCACCGUAGAUCAGGCUACUAGGGGAGAAAAGAAAAUGAAGGAAGAGGAGCAGCGGUUAAGAAAAGUUGCACUUAAUAUCUCAAAGGAUGUGAAGAAAUUCUGGAUGAAAAUAGAAAAACUGGUGCUUUACAAGCAUCAGAUGGAGCUUGAUGGGAAGAAGAAAAAGGCACUUGAUAAGCAACUUGAGUUUCUUUUGGGCCAAACUGAGAGGUACUCAACAAUGUUAGCAGAAAAUCUUGUUGAUACUCAUAAACCAGUGCAACAAUGUACUACACAAGAUCAACUGAGUAUUAAAUACAAAGAAGUGGAUGAAAAUGAUGGUAAUGAAUCUCCAGAAUUUAAUUUUGAAUCUAAGUCAAGUACUGCGGAUAUGGAUGAAGAUUACAGUACACAAUCUGAAGACGAGUCGGAAGAUGAUGAGCAAACAAUUGAGGAAGAUGAGGCCCUCAUAACUGAAGAAGAAAGAAAAGAAGAAUUGGCAGCUUUGCGCAAUGAAGUGGAUCUUCCACUUGAGGAGCUACUCAAACGUUAUACCAUGAAGAAAGUGAGCAGAGAGAGUAGUCCAGCAAAGGGUGAAGAUGCAGCUGAACCACUUAGCAGAGAAAGUACUCCGGAAAUGGAUGGAGAUGAGGCUGAACCAACACCCGUGUGGGAAGAUCGUGGAAAGGGCAAAAGAAAUAAUCUUUCUGCUGUAAAUGAGAUUGAUGUCAUAGCCACUGGUUGUCAUUGUGUUGAAAGUAAUGAUGUUUCAGAAAAACAUUUGUUAGAAAUUGAAACUCAAGCUACUGAUCCAUUAGAAGUUUCUGGGGAAUUGACCAAAGAUCAUUUUCUAUAUGAUUUUCAUGAUGAACAGGAAGAUGGUGACUUUGUUUUUGCUGCUGAGGAAGAAAAGGGUGAUGAGGCAACCUUGUUGCAGGAGGAAGAACUGGCAAAAGCAGAUUCAAGUGAUCCCAUGGAUGAGAUUGCAUUAAUGCAAAAGGAGAGUGAAAUGCCUGUGGAAGAAUUGCUUGCAAGGUAUAAAAAGGGAUUUGACGACGAAGAAGUUGCAGAUGAUGAAUCCAAUGAUGCAUCUGCUUUAUCAGACAAUCUUGUGGAUUCUCCAGCUCAUGAAGGCAUUGAACUUGAGCAGCAGGCCAUUAAUAUGGAUGAAGAUGUGAAAACUGGUGAUUAUCAGCCAGUUGUGCAUUCUCUUGUAGAAGAGCAGGAAGCUGGAUCCCUUGAAAAACCAGAAGGAAGGGAUAGUGAGAAUAUAAUUGCUGAUGCAGCUGCAGCUGCAAGAUCAGCACAACCCACAGGGAAUACCUUUUCCACAACCAAAGUGCGCACUAAGUUCCCAUUUCUUCUGAGGCAUCCUCUUCGUGAGUAUCAACAUAUUGGCUUGGAUUGGCUUGUUACAAUGUAUGAGAAAAGACUGAACGGGAUUCUAGCUGAUGAAAUGGGGCUUGGAAAGACGAUUAUGACAAUCUCCCUUCUUGCACACCUAGCAAUUGAAAAGGGAAUAUGGGGCCCUCAUCUCAUUGUUGUCCCCACAAGUGUUAUGCUCAAUUGGGAGACUGAGUUUCUGAAAUGGUGUCCUGCUUUUAAGAUUUUAACUUAUUUCGGAAGUGCAAAAGAGAGAAAAUAUAAGAGGCAAGGCUGGUUGAAACCAAAUUCAUUUCAUGCAUGCAUAACCACGUACAGACUGGUUAUUCAAGAUUCAAAAGUUUUCAAGCGAAAGAAGUGGAAAUAUUUGAUUUUAGAUGAAGCCCAUCUGAUUAAAAACUGGAAGUCACAAAGAUGGCAAACUCUUUUGAACUUCAAUUCAAAACGACGCAUUUUAUUAACUGGGACACCACUGCAGAAUGAUCUCAUGGAACUCUGGUCUCUAAUGCAUUUUCUGAUGCCGCACAUCUUUCAAUCUCAUCAGGAAUUCAAGGAUUGGUUCAGUAAUCCAAUAUCAGGAAUGGUUGAGGGACAGGAGAAAGUAAAUAAAGAAGUUGUUGAUCGUCUUCAUAAUGUCCUCCGUCCUUUCAUACUUCGUCGGUUGAAACGAGAUGUGGAGAAGCAGCUGCCUAUGAAACAUGAACAUGUCAUUUACUGUAGACUGUCAAAGAGGCAGCGUAACUUGUAUGAAGACUUUAUUGCUAGCACAGAAACACAAGCUACUCUUGCCAGUACAAACUUUUUUGGGAUGAUCAGUGUUAUCAUGCAACUUCGCAAAGUUUGCAAUCAUCCUGAUUUGUUUGAGGGUCGUCCAAUUGUCAGUUCUUUUGAUAUGGGUGGUAUUGACAUCCAAUUGAGUUCUUCUAUUUGUUCGAUGCUUUCACCCAACCCAUUUUCUAAUGUAGACCUUAGGAGUUUGGGAUUUUUAUUUACUCAUCUUGAUUUUAGGAUGACUUCUUGGGAGGGUGAUGAAGUGAAAGCCAUUGCUACCCCCUCAAGUUUAAUCAAGGAGUGCACUGACUUGUACAAUGUAGAAGAAAGUGGGUCUGGAUUUAAACAUAAAAAAAGGUUGCAUGGAACCAAUUUUUUUGAAGAGAUCCAUAAGGCAAUCAUGGAGGAGAGACUGAGAGAAGCAAAGGAACGGGCUGCUGCUAUUGCGUGGUGGAAUUCCUUGAGGUGCGAGAAGAAACCCAUGUACUCAAGGACACUAAGGGAAAUUGUAACAAUAGAGCAUCCUGUUUAUGAUAUUAAUCGUCUGAAGGCCAACCCUUUGUCCUACAUUUACUCCUCAAAGCUCGCUGACAUUGUCCUCUCACCAGUGGAACGCUUCCAGAGAAUGUUGGACCUUGUUGAAAGUUUCAUGUUUGCAAUACCAGCUGCACGAGCUCCGCCACCCCUUUCUUGGUGCAGUAAAUCAGGGACAUCUGUGCUUCUGCACCCAACUGAUAAGCAGAAACUUUCUGACAUGUUAUCACCCCUUCUAUUACCUAUAAGGCCUGCAGUUGUCUGGAGUCAAGUAUAUUUCCCAGACAGGCGACUUAUACAGUUUGACUGUGGUAAAUUGCAGGAGCUAGCAAUUUUGCUCAGGAAAUUAAAAUCAGAAGGUCAUCGAGCAUUAAUAUUCACCCAAAUGACGAAGAUGCUUGAUAUCUUGGAAGCUUUCAUUAAUUUGUAUGGUUACACUUACAUGCGUUUAGAUGGAUCCACUCAGCCAGAGGAGAGACAGACCUUAUUGCAACGCUUUAAUACAAAUCCAAAAAUCUUUCUUUUCAUCUUGUCAACUCGUAGUGGGGGUGUUGGUAUCAACCUAAUUGGGGCAGAUACUGUUAUCUUUUAUGACAGUGACUGGAAUCCUGCAAUGGAUCAACAGGCCCAGGAUCGAUGCCACCGGAUUGGACAGACACGUGAAGUUCAUAUUUAUCGAUUAAUCAGUGAGCUCACAAUUGAAGAAAAUAUUUUAAAGAAAGCAAAUAAAAAGCGUGCACUCGAUGAUCUUGUAAUACAAAGUGGAGGGUACAACACUGAAUUCUUCAAAAAGCUUGAUCCUAUGGAACUUUUCUCUGGUCAUCAAUCACUUACCAUCAAGAAUUUGCAAAAGGAAAAGAAUAACAACAAUGGAAAUGAGGUUUCUGUAUCUAAUGCGGAUGUGGAAGCUGCUUUGAAAUGUGCUGAGGAUGAAGCAGAUUACAUGGCAUUGAAGAAAGUUGAAGAAGAAGAAGCCGUGGACAACCAGGAGUUUACAGAAGAAGCCAUUGGAAGGUUGGAAGAUGAUGAUUUUGUAAAUGAAGAUGAUCUGAAGGUUGAUGAGCCUGUAGAUCAGGGUGACUGGAUCACAACAUCAAAUAAAGAAACUGGGGUGACGUUAAAUGGGAGUAAUCCUAGCGAAGAGAGAGCUCCUGCUCUUGCUAGUAAAGAAGAUGAUGUUGACAUGCUCGCUGAUGUCAAACAAAUUGCUGCAGCAGCAGCAGCUGCUGGACAAGCAAUCUCAUCCUUUGAGAAUCAGCUACGUCCAAUAGAUCGAUAUGCGAUUCGUUUUCUGGAAUUUUGGGAUCCCAUUAUAGACAAGGCUGCAGUAGAAUCUCAAGCUAGGUUUGAGGAGACAGAAUGGGAAUUGGACCGCCUUGAGAGGUACAAGGAAGAAAUGGAAGCUGAGAUUGAUGAAGAUGAGGAACCCCUCAUAUAUGAGAGGUGGGAUUCUGAUUUCGCUACUGAAGCUUAUCGGCAGCAAGUUGAGGCCUUGGCUCAACACCAGUUAAUGGAAGAGCUGGAAUGUGAAGCUAAGGAGAAGGAAGAUGCGGAGGAUGACAAAUGUGAUUCUACGAAGAAUGAAAUGCCAGGUGAUCCGAAAAUCAAGUCUAAAAGGAAGCCAAAGAAAGCCAAGUUCAAAUCUCUGAAGAAGGGAUCUUUAGCGUCUGAACUGAAGCCUGCAAAAGAAGAGCCAUCAUUAGAAACUAUAUCAAUGGAUGAUGAGAUUAUUUGUCAUGAGGUGGUCACCUCUACAGAAAUUGUUUCACCAAUAUCACGUGUGCAGAAAAAACGUAAGAAUGCUGAAUCUGCUUUGAAUGUUGAAGAAGGAAAGAUGUUGAAAAAGAAGUCUAAGAAACUCAAGAAGCCUCCCACUGAACAAUGUCCUUCAGAUUUAGAUUCCAAAUUGUCAGGUAUGCGGCAUGAUGAACAUUUAUAUUCAAGACCAUGUGAUAGUUUGGCUGAUAUUGAGCAAAAACCAGCAAGCAGGUGUAGGAUGGGAGGAAAAGUAUCCAUUACUACCAUGCCAGUUAAGCGGGUUGUAACGAUAAAACCAGAGAAACUAAAGAAGGCAAAUAUUUGGUCAAGAGAGUGUGUUCCAUCUCCUGAUUUCUGGUUGCCACAGGAGGAUGCAAUAUUAUGUGCUGUGGUACAUGAAUAUGGCCCUCAUUGGAGCUUGGUUAGUGAAACUUUGUAUGGGAUGACUGCUGGUGGGUCUUACAGGGGAAGAUAUCGCCAUCCGGUCCAUUGUUGUGAGAGGUUUAGAGAACUCAUCCAGAGAUAUGUUUUGUCUGCACCCGACAAUCCUAAUACUGAAAAGGUCAGCAGUACAGGCUCUGGAAAGGCUCUUCUCAAAGUAACAGAGGAUAACAUUCAAUUGCUUUUAGACGUUGCUGCUGAGCAGCCAGAUACAGAGUUACUCCUUCAGAAGCACUUAACUGCCCUGCUUUCUUCUGUCUGGAAGGUGACAUCACGUAUUGACUGCAGACCUAGUCUUUCGUCAUCCAGUAAUAGUCUCUAUUUUGGUGGAAGGUUUUUUACUUAUUCUGUUAGCCAGAUUUCUCAGACUUCCAUGCGGGAACCUGUAGAAAGGAUGAAAUUCACAAAUUUAGGUCAGAGUAGAAAGAUGUUAGCAGCUGCACUCCAUGAUGCCUAUCAUAGACAACCAGAUGAGAGAGUCUCCCUUCCCAACCAGGAGAGUGACAUGUCAGCCAUUACCGAACAAUUGGAGAUUACACUGGAAUUCCAGAAAGAAAUGGUGGACUCCAUGGUUCCUUUGCCAUCUGUUAUAAGCUUAUCAAUAUGUGGGGAAGAUCCUCCCUCUGUAAGCAAGGGUACUGGAGAUGAUCAUCUAAAAGCUUUCAGAAAUAUGGCUGAGAACCGUUGCAGGGCUUCUGCAAAAGCUUGUGUUGAAGAUAACCUAGGAUGGGCAUCUUCUGUAUUCCCAAUAAAUGACGUCAGGGCUAGGUCCGUAUCCAAGUUACCAUCAUUGGGCAAGCACAAGCUCUCCAUAUCUGACUCAAAGAAACCUUCGAAAUCAAAGUUUAAAAGAACCUCAAUGGAGCAGCAUGGUGAGAUACCCCACCUUAUUGCCGAGCCACUGCCAGAACCGUUGCCAGGAGCUGUACCAAAUGAUGCUAGUGUAAGGUUUGACCCGUUUCAACCUAUCAUCCUGGAAGUUGGGAAGGACAAUGUGGAAAGUAAUUUACCGACUGACAUGGAUACGGAACUUUCUAUGGAAAUGGAGAAUUUUGAGGUGGUACCGCAUCUCUAUGUUCCAGGAUUAAUAUCUGGUCUGGGGGAUUGUCCAUUUUUGGCUGAGUAUACUGACAUUGGCUGAUACUGAAAUCAAGGGUUGAAUCUCAUUAUUUAUGGAGACCAGUGAUCACCAUCUAAUCAAAUCCGGGCGGUGCUCUUGGGGACAUGGGGGGUACACUGGGAACUCUGCUUGUCUACUGGCUGGGAAGGUAUGUUUUUGAAAGGUGAUUUCUAAGCGGCAUUCCCGUAAGAGAAAAAUAUUGGAUAGGGAAAGCGAAAUGUGACAGAAAAAAGUUUUGUAAUCUAGUCUUUAAUUAAUUCUUGUAUGGGGGAAGCUGUGCAAAUUGUGUUGUGGCUGCAAUUGAAAUGUUUUAGUGCCUGCACAUUUUCCCCAAGAGAUUGUUGUUAAUGAGAAUGGGAAGUCAAUACA